GAACUGACCGACCUCGGUCGAGACCCACCGUCUUCCUGCAGCGCCGGCCCGGUCGGUGACAGCUUGUUCAACUGGCAAGCGACCAUCAUGGGCCCCGGUGACUCUCCUUAUGCCGGCGGUGUCUUUUUCCUCAACCUUCACUUCCCUACCGACUACCCCUUCAAGCCCCCCAAAGUCAGCUUUACUACCCGAAUCUACCACCCGAACAUCAACUCGAACGGGUCGAUCUGUCUGGACAUUUUGAGGGAUCAGUGGAGUCCGGCUCUGACCAUCAGCAAGGUGUUGUUGUCGAUCUGUUCGAUGUUGACCGACCCCAACCCGGACGACCCGCUCGUUCCCGAGAUUGCGCACACCUACAAGACUGACCGAGCACGAUACGAGUCCACUGCCAGGGAGUGGACCAGAAAGUGA